GACGCAUCGUGAACUCAGGGAUGAGUUAUUCUACUUGCGUGGUGAAAAAUUUACUUUCACUUCAUCGGUUUCUAAUCUGUUGAUAGAAAACGAAAAGAAUCGUUGCAGAACUCAUGUGCCAACAGCAGAUGUUCUUGCACAAGUUUCUCAGUUGGAUAUUGGUGUGAAUACUGACUGGUUCGCUAUGAAGUCAUCACAUAUGACAGAAUAUCUCACUUGUCAUCGCAAUAUGAUGAACAGGUCCAUGCGCGCAUUCAUGAGCAUUGAGAAUAUUUUUGUUGACCAGUCAUCAGUGAUAUGUCGAAUAACGUUUGAACUAUUGCUAGCCUUAACUGAAGGGGAAAAAAACAAGAAAUCACCAAAGAACCAAUUCAAGUGAACUUCGACGGUCAGCCAGACUAGGAACAAUUAAUCUCCUUUCUAUCCUGAUUGGUUUAUGGCGUCGUAGGCAAAUGAGAACAGCAAUUCUUACCGAAUGAUUGGAUUUUCGCCUUUUUUUGUGACAUUAUCAUUUGGACUCGCAAGCAGCUCUGUCUCAGAGCUGUCUCCAGACAUUUGUAGCAAUAUAACCAAAGUUAUCAUUCACUACCGUGACUAUUACCAAUUUUACCUUGGAAAUGAAUUUGGAAACAACAAUUUAUACCAGGGAGGAAUGUUUGUCAAAAUUAUCAACACCGUCGUCCCAAAAUGUUGUCCAAAAAUGAACGUUACCUUCGUGUUCAAAAACGUAACGAAUUUAGACACAGAUGAGUUGGUAAUGAGAAAUCUUGUUCAAACGACGACACGACCGCGUCCCUACGAGUUCUACUUUCCAGAAUUUGCCAAGGAAGAUGUGAAACAUGUUUAUGAUUAUGAGUUGAGUUUCGUGAGGUUGAAGCAGUCGCAAGGACAAGCCGCUGUUAUGUACAAACCUCAUGUAAUAGAAAACAAACAUAUGGAUGCUAUUAUGCAGAUAGUAAAUUCAUCUGGAUUGGCGUUGAUUUCAAUGUUAGUCUUAUCAUGGCUGUUUGGAAUAUUCGGCUGGGUAACGGAUCACUGGAAAAAUGCCAAGGAUUUCCGAGCUCCAUUUGUCGUUGGAAUGUUUGAUGGUUUUUGGUGGAGCAUCGUCACAAUGACGACUGUUGGUUAUGGUGACAAAACGCCAAAGAGUUUUCCUGCUCGCAUUGUAGCUGUGAUAUGGGUGAUGAUAUCCGCCGUUUUACUUUCAUUAUUCACGGCAAACGUAACGACCAUACUUGAUCGAAGUCUUGUAAAAACAGACUAUGCCUCAAUGAAAGGAAGGAAGGUUGGCGUCCUUUUCAGUAAAGAUUUUGUUGAAAAACAGCUUAACUUGGCUGGUCAAGUGAAAAAUUACCUAAGUUUAGGUCAGAUGAUCGAAGAAUUGAAAAGGAAAAACGUGGACCGUCUGUUGUUUCCAGAUUACAAGUUUUUCGCCAUGUUAUCACGUAACGAAGAAUAUAAGGACACAUUGAAAGAUUAUGCCAUGGUGAAGGUUUUCAAGUCGCCAUUUCAGAUCGGAAUGGUUCUUGCGAUUGAUCCAGAAACAUUUAAUAAAGCUGACAAGAUGUUUUUGAGAUGUUUGAGAAGUCAGAUUACCUUGAAACGAAAAGAGAUGGACCGAGAUAAUACAUUUGGCGAUUUCUUCACAACUACAAUGGAAGACGAGGAAGUGAGCUCACUUUUAAGUCAAGGCAACAUUUCGAAGUUAAUCUAUUACACUCUUGGUCUCAUAGGCAUCCUCACAUGCAUUGGGAUCGCUUGGGAUAUAUGGCAACAUUUUAAAUACAAAGGAAGUGUAGAGUUCAAAGAGGAGAAAUCUUUUCCUGUUGAGCGAGUUCUACCUGUGUUGCAUUACAAUAAUUACAACGCAACAACACUUUGUUGAGAAGGAGCUUCUUCAAACAUUCGCGCCAUCUUCUGUGUAAAGACGAGGCUGUUUUAUCGCUUUGAUAGUUGAACUAGGCUGUAGUGACAAUCAGUCCAUACGGAAUAGACAUUUUGGGAUAAAUUGCUGCUUUCAAGUUUCGCUUAGUCGUGUCUAUCGUAUAGGGGACGUAGGGGUAAAGUUUGGUAAAAUAUUACAUGCAUUUAUUUUUCCUACGAAAGCAUUCAGAAAUUGUUUAUAUCUUGCUUCGAAAUAAAAAUUUGAAAACUGAACAAGG